CUCAAGGAGAAAUUAUCCCGUAAUCUUGACCUUGAUAUCUCGUGUCAUGUGUGUCUAAUGACAAAGACGAUCUAUAUGUGAGAGUCAACAUGAAGUGCUCUAUAAGCAAUAGCCACCUCAAGUAUUCUCACGGCGCCUCAGCCGCCUGCACCACCAGCUAUCUCUACGACAUCACCGAAGAGACAACCGUCUUCGACAUCGCCCGCAAAACCAACCGAGGCGUCUGCGACAUCGUCCGCCAGAACCCAAUGGCCGACGUAACCAUCCCGCCCAACAUCGGCAAAGUCUUCAUCAUUCCCGGGGAGACAUGCACGCCCGACAACUCCACCUGCCUGAUCCAAGACGCGGACGUGCAUCUACGGCGGGCCGCGUCUGUACUACACCGUCAAAGGCGACACGACACGUACGAGACAAUCGCGCUUCGACUGAACAUCACGACCGAACCCUGCGCGAAGGGCAGUUUCCUCGAGGUGCCCGAGUGCCCGCCUAGCCAGUGCAUCACCAAGCCUUUCUCGCUCAGCUGGGGUGUUUACAAGUACCUCGCGGAUCAGUACAGGACUACCGUCGGGCAGAUUAUGAGGCUGAGCCGGACGGGGGGCACGUUCCCGUCGAUUGAUUUGCCGAUGAAUUGCACGGCGUUGUCGAAUAUAUUACCGUGUUGA